CAGGAUCCGUCCUCAGCUAGCAAGAGAGAAGAUAGAUGCUUGUCGUGUGUGUACAGCAGUGAGUCCAGAUGAACCUCAGAUUAUUCUUGGACCUGAUCGUAUGUUUACAUAUGAUCAUGUAUUUGAUAUGGACAGUGAACAAGAUUCCAUCUAUCAAAGAACUGUACAUGAUCUCAUUGAAGGGUGUUUUGAGGGCUACAAUGCAACUGUCUUUGCUUACGGCCAGACAGGAGCUGGUAAAACAUAUAGUAUGGGGACUGGGUUUGAGCCUGGACUAACUGAGGAUCAGAAAGGAAUCAUACCACGAGCUGUAAGGCAUCUAUUCACAGGAAUUGAAGAAAGGCAAAGAAAUGCUGCUGAUAAAAGUGAACCUCCUCCUGAGUUUAAGAUCUAUGCAGAAUUCAUGGAGUUAUACAAUGAAGAGAUUCUAGACCUGUUUGAUUCAGCAAGGGAUAUGGAAUCUAGUAGGAGUAAGAAAUCUCACAUCAAGAUUCAUGAAGAUGCUGGGGGUGGGAUCUAUGUGGUUGGCGUGACAACACGGACUGUGACAUCAGAACGAGAGACAUUGCAAGCUUUACAAGGCGGGGCAUUAUCAAGGACAACAGCCAGCACAAAGAUGAAUUCACAAAGUUCUCGAUCUCAUGCAAUCUUUACAUUACAUAUUAAACAACAGAGGCUUAUUAAAGUGACAGCUGAAAUAGAAGAUGAGAAAGAAACAGAGAAGACUGAAGGCGAUGGGAUGAAUGAGUUUGAAAUGCUUACCGCUAAAUUCCAUUUUGUUGAUCUGGCUGGCUCCGAGAGAUUGAAAAGAACAGGUGCAACAGGGGAUAGAGCUAAAGAAGGAAUAUCAAUCAAUUGUGGAUUGCUUGCUCUAGGUAAUGUGAUCAGUGCUCUUGGUGAUCCUUUAAAGAAGUCAUCUCAUGUUCCAUAUAGGGAUUCUAAAUUGACAAGAUUACUUCAAGAUUCUCUAGGUGGCAACAGCCGUACAUUGAUGAUAGCCUGUGUGAGUCCAUCUGAUCCUGACUUCAUGGAGACCUUGAACACGUUGCGAUACGCCAACCGAGCAAGAAAUAUCAAGAAUGCAGUCAUUGCUAACCAGGACAAGACAAGUCGUCAGUUAGCUCUACUCAGAACAGAGAUUAAACGACUACAAGAUGAACUGAAUGAAUACAAACAGGGUAAGAGGUCGGUGAACUCUGAUGGAGUUGAAGAGAUCAAUGAUCUUUUUCAUGAGAACACAAUGCUUCAGAUGGAGAAUAGUAAUCUCCGUCAGCGAAUUAAAGCUUUACAAGAAACCAUUGAUGGUCUGACGGCUAGGAUUGCUUUAUUGGUUGCAGAGCAAGCUAGAUAUGGCAUGUCAGCUUCUACAGGUGGUACUGAUGGAGAUGAUGAAACAAUGUUAAUGAUGACAGGAUACAUCAAAGAGGUAGAAGAAUUGAGGGCCAAGUUGGUUGAGAGUGAGAGUAUGAACUCUGCUCUAAGAAGGAAGAAUGUUGAUUCACCAGUCAGGGUCAAUUCUAGAGGAUCAGUAAUGAGUCCUUCCCAUGUAUCACUUAGACCAAGCUCUGCCAUCUUUACUGCACCUAUAUUUGAGAAUGAAUUUCAUGGUGAUGUUGACGUGAGGGUUUCUUCUGUUCUCUCGGAUGCUAAGAAACAAAUAGAAGUUGAUCAAGAAAAGAUAAGACAAGUUGAAAAGAGAAGACAUUCACAUGGGGGUAGUGAAAAGGACAUGGAGUCAUGUGAAGAGAUUACAGACGAAAGCCAUGAAUCAGUUCAGGAUCAUGAGAUGGAAGGAACAAAAGAUGAAGAUGAAGAGAAAGAAGAAGAGGAUUCCGAUGAUGAAGAUGAUGAUGAGAAAGACAGUAGUAGUAGCAGUGAUUCAGAAACAGAUGAAGAAGAGAAUGCGCAACUACAGGAGAACCUUGCUGAGAUUGCUUGUGAAAUCACCAUCAAACAAAGGCUAAUAGAAGAACUGGAGUUAAGUCAAAAGAGACUUCACACUAUGAAGAUGCAAUAUGAAGAGAAACUAGGCUCUUUACUCAAUAAGAUCAAAGAAACAGAAAGUGAAAGAGAUAAAGUCUUGGAAAACCUGGGAUCAAUGGCUGAAUCAAGGACAAAAGACAAAGCUGAAAAGAUCCGCAAGGAAUUUGAGAUAAAACUGAAGAAACUUUCAGAGGAGAAAGAUAGACUCACUAAGGCUCAGAAGGAACAUAACAAGAUUUUAAAGAGCAAGUCACAGUUUGAAAAACAGAUGAGAGGGCUCAAAGAUGAGGUCUCUAAAAUGAAAGAAACAAAGGUGAAGCUGAUGAAACAAAUCCGAGAAGAACAACAGAAGGGUCGUAAUAAAGAUCAGCUAUCAAGUAGAGAGAUACAAAGAUUAAAGAAAGAAUCUAGGAAGAAAGAAACACAGAUUAAAACAUUGGAAGCUUCAGCUAAACAGAGGGAACUUAUACUUAAGAGAAAACAUGAACAGCUUGAGAUGCUGCGUAAGAAUCAGAAACCAAUGUCGGACAAGGUCGCUGGAAGAGUGUCUAGGCCUGUGAAGAAGCCCUCUACAGUCCAAACAGAGACAGCUACAGGAGGUCAAAGGUCACUUAGCAGGAGAGGAAAGGCGAAGGUUGACACCGGCCGACCUGCCAAACAUGAGAGGAAAGGAACAAGUGAAUACUCAUCAAAAACGGCCAAACAGAAGUGGAAUGUGAUGGAGAGAAAGAUCACAGAUAUCAUAGCAAGACGGCAAACACUGUCCUUCAUGGAACGAGAUAUGGAACGGUUUAUCCAUCACAGACACAAACUAAGCAAGAAGGUUGAGAAGUACCUGACUAAGAGAGAUGAAGCUUUGAAGACAGGCAACAAUGAUCCUAGUAUCCUAAAAGAUUUAGGUGAACAGAUAGAUGGAUUAAAUGAUAACAUAGAGUACGUACAGGAACAGAUUACAGAAUGUCAAAGUGGGAUCAUGGAAGUCAUGGAGGGAAAGGAGGAGAUAGAUGCUGUUGAUGCAGCUGCUGUAGUUGAACAAUGCUCCUUGAGAGAGGCUAAAUACAUGCUGGAGCAUUUCAUUAACCUAGCUAUCAGCAAGGGUUUGAGUGCUGCACAGAAGGAGUCUCAAGUCAAAGAGUUGACAGCAAAGUUACAUCAAGAAGAACAGAAUAGCUUUGUACAACAGACAUUACUACAACAUAUGAUGAAAGAUAGAGAGGGAGAAGAUCUAGAAUUAGAUGGCCUUUUUAAUCAUCCUAAUAGAGAUAGCGAGAGUAGCAGCAAUAGUUCAAGGGCUCCCUCACCUGAUAUCAGACCAAUUUUAUUUGGCAUUGCAUGUUUUAUUGCUCUCAUAGUAUUUGUGAUUCAACUCUGUGGGGAUAUUAUAAAGAAAGCCAAACAGAGGAAUAAGAAGAAAUGAAUAGACUGUAUAUCUCAAUGGGAUGCAUA